AUGCUGCAGCUGAAUAACAAACGCAUACCUGAGGGACAGUUGGAAUGUUGCCAAAUCGCGUCGCGACUGAAAUCGCAUGAGAUGAGCUUGGGGAAAAGCCCUUAUCCAAGCAUACAAAUGUCCAAGACUGGGUCCUCCGCGUUUCAUAUGCGCCCUGCUGGGCCGGAUCCAGUAGACUCAGUUACACAUCCCGACGAUACGGAUUGCCGUUCCUUAGUCCUUCUUGAUUCGUUGGAUGGAACAGGGCCGUCUUUCUCUCUCAAAAAGUCAUCUAUCGACUCCGACUCGAUACAAGAUACUCAUUCUUCGUGCGGCUCAUCUACCAGAACUACUCAAGGAUCCUCUCAUGUCUCCAGAAUGAGUCCAGCCUCAUUUUGCCAAAAUCCUGAUCGCCUACACCAAUUUGACAGUUUCAACUCUGAUCCGAGCUUGGAGCAACAUAAGCCUGGCGAUCUUGUUUAA